ACGUCGACACGUGUAUCUGGUGCAAUCUAGCAUCUGAGGCGGCGACCCAUUAGAGGAAGGCUGCGAUGUCAGUAAGCUAGCGUUUCUAGUACGAAACAAGGCCUUUCUUCUGUUGAAAACGGUGUAUGGCAGUGGUGAAGUAGUGAAUACAUUUGUGACAGUGACCAUUUUUGCUUUGGCCGUGUUAUAAAGGAAUAACGUUAGCUGCGUCAUAAGGCUUUGUUGUUAUUAUUGGUGUUGUUUAACCCAGACCACAGCUAACGGUAGAUACAUUUAGCAUCACAGCUAACGUUAACCCAUCUCUUUCCUCGGGACUCCCGACUAACUUACAAGACCUUAACAUGCCAAAAGAGGGAGACCACCUCGAGAGUGGAGGAGACCAGUCGAAGGAGGAGAGGACACAGGAUGCUUCUGAGGAGACCGUGAGGAAGAGGGUCCGAGCAAAUACUCCGAGCCCACACAGGGGAAACACUCCUCAAGCCAGCCCCUCCAGAUUUGUCUCUGUGGAGGAGCUGAUGGAGACAGCUAAAGGAGUCACCAACAUGGCUUUGGCUCAUGAAAUAAUGGUCAACGAUGCUUUUCAAGUCAAACCUGCAGAGCUUCCUGAAGGGAGUUUGGAACGCAAAGUGAAGGAGAUUGUGCACAAAGCAUUCUGGGAUUGUUUGGAGGCUCAGUUGAAGGAGAAUCCGCCAACGUAUGAACAUUCCAUCAAACUGCUGGCUGAGAUCAAAGAGACACUGCUAUCUUUCUUGCUGCCUGGCCACGGUCGUCUGCGCUCCCGUAUCGAUGAGGUUCUGGAUCUGCCUCUAAUCCAGCAGCAGGCUGAGAAUGGAGCGCUUGACAUCAGUCAGCUGUCCCACUUCAUUGUUGGGAUGAUGGGCUCGUUGUGCGCCCCCUGCAGAGAUGAGGACAUCGAUAAGCUGAAGCAAAUCACCGAUAUUGUGCCUCUGCUCAAGGCUAUAUUCUCUGUGCUGGACCUGAUGAAGGUGGACAUGGCUAACUUUGCCCUGACCAGCAUCAGACCUCAUCUGAUGCAACAAUCGGUUGAGUUUGAGAGGAGCAAGUUCCAAGAGUUUCUGGAGAAACACCCCAAUGCCUUAGACUACACUGAGAAGUGGCUUGAGGACGCAGUGAGAUGCCUGAGAGAGGCCGGGGCGGAUGGAUCUAGUGCUGCCACAUCUGACCCUCCCUUACUCCUCCCCGUUAAUGUCCAUAAUCAUGCCUAUCUACGCCUGCUGAGGUGGGACCACUCCUCAGACCCCUUCCCAGAGACAGUAUUGAUGGAUCAAGUUCGGUUUCAGGAGAUGCAUCAUGAGGCUGAGCAAUUAGUCCUGCUCUCCUCUGUGCUCCUCAUCAUCUACACUACAACAGGGGAGGCUAUCUCAGGCCUGCCAGGGCUGAUGGAGACUCUUAAAAGCACUGUUAAUGUCCUGCUUGCAGAUAUGCACACACCGUCUUUUAGUGAACAGGAGGCCUUAGCGACCAUAGGAGAGAAACUGUGUGUUGAGCUGAGUCAGUGUCUAAGCCAACAUGGCUACUCUCCAUUGUCAGCCGACCGAAAGAGCACUCUGAGGGGACAAAUCUCUGCUACCAUCCAGCCAGACAACACAAUCCGCAAACUGAUGGAGUCUCGGGUCCAGAACUAUCUCCUGGCUUCGCUGGAGUCCAGUCAACAUAAGACCCCUCCUCCUCUCCCAGGAGGUCUGGCUCCAGUCAGCAGGGAGCUGAAGGAGCUUGCUGUUCGCUUCAGUCGCCUCAUCAAUUUCAACAAGCUGGUCUUCUCCCCUUUCUACCAAAAGAUUCUUCAUAAAAUACUGACCAUAGAGGAAAGUCCCAGCACAGAAACAUAAACACUGAAAUUAAGUAAGAGUGAUGUGGAGAGUGGUCUGUAGUUUUGCAAUUUCCCCUCACUAGUAACGGUUAAGAUUUAGAGCAACGAGUUGAGGAAGCUGAUCUGUAUUCAGCGGACAAAGCCAGUUCCCAAGAGCAUGCACCUUUAAACCAACAUAAUCAGAAAACGCUGGCUACCAAAUCAGUUGCAUUAAAUCACAGUGUUGCUUGUAAGGAUGGGACGACAUGCUUUUGUCCCGAUUCGAUUCUGUCAUGAUUAGAGCUGUUGGAACGAAUUCCGAAAGUCGAAUAUAAUUCGAAUAGUAAAAAAAAUCAAUACUAUUUGAAUGCUGAAAUUACUAUUUGAAUGUGAUUUUUAUUUUUUAUAUAUAUAUAAAUAGGUUGGCUAACGUUUGCUAAUCUCCCUCUUCUCAUGUCACGUCUAAUGAACAAAUUACGGGAGUGAGAAACACAAGGCAUUGUGAGCUUAUGUUACGUACCGAGUAACGUUUGUACAGGGGGGAUUGACAGGAAAUCGGAAGAUGGAUGGGAGAUAGUUUUAACAUGACUUUAAAAUCGACAUCCAUCAAGCCAAAAUGCUUACGUUAUCAAUAGUUAGCUCGUUCUGGUUUCCUAACUGCGUCGUGAGUUAUAGGAGCUUAGCUGGGAGCUUCAUGGAGACAGCUAAAGUUAAUGUUAGCUUCCCUACAGCUGUCAGAGUUAGCUUCGACUUAUAUUACCUUCUAACAGCUGUAUUCUCAGUAACGUGAAAAUCUGCAAGAAACGGGUUGCUUUUAAAUCACUAAAAUAGUAGUGGCAGCACCGUUUGGCUUAGAUAUCAAUGCCGUUAGCAUCGUGGCUAACACUAUUGUUACUUAGUUUAAGACAAAUCGCUUAGGCUGUGCUUUCUAACAUGAUGUCCUUGUGCUAACCGAGCAAUGUUAGCCUUUACAACAGAGCCGCUUCAAUACACUUGUUAGAUAAUGUUUCAUUACAGAGUUUUCUGUUGAUUUGUGUUUGUUGCUGUGUGCGUGGUGGAAAAUAAUGUAAACAGAGAGUGGCGUGCCAAACAUGCAAUGCGCCAUGACGUAGAUCCCCUUCAAGUCCAGGCUGAUGUUGGUAGUCCCUCUAGUGGACAGAACGUGUAACAACAACCACAUGCUUUGGCAAUGCAUAAGCCUGAGUAGUGUAGUACAUAUUUAUAACAGGCUGCAUAUGAGCAUUAAAUAUUUGAAUAUUAUUUGAAUAGUUAAAAAAAAAUAACAAAUGAAAUUUGAAUGGUGUUAUAGAGGAAGACUGACAGUUCUACGUCAUGAUACAGGGGUGCUGGUUUGACUUGUAUUGCGAUUUUAAUGUAUUGCAAUUCUAGAAGUAGUGCGAUUCCAUAGUUUUGAGUAUUGCAAUUUUCUUCUCCUUUUUUGUUUUAUAAAAAGAAUGCACAUAACAUGUCAGUCAGUCUGACAUGUAUUUAAUUUAUAAAGAAGUACUUAACAUGUAUUUUUUGCCUUUUCUGCUUUCCGGCUGUUUUGCUGGAAACGGAUAUGAUUUAGUCGGCGUAUAAACAGAAAACAUUUAGGGGAAUCGUUGGAAAAAAAUUUAUGAAAAAUAUGGAUUCUGGGGAAAAUAAUUGAUUAUAAAAAUCGUUGCAAAAAAAUCACAAUGCAUACGAUUUUCCAUUUUGUUUCCCAGUCCUCAUUGCUUAUAUGAUAAAAUCUUAGGCCUCAUAACCA